AUGCGUCUCCACGUGCUGGGUCUAUUCGCUUUCUCGUCAAUCGCAUCCGCGCAAUUGACAUUCAACGUCACCAAAGCUCACGAGACUGGAAAUUGGGACAAAUACGUGUGCUUGACCAAUAAGAAAUUCAUCGAGCGAGUGCCAGAUUGCCUCAAGAAAUGCCAGAGUGACGCUGCUAAGAAGGACGGAUGUGCUGAAGAUGACUUUGCCUGCCACUGUGUCAAUACCCAGGCAUUCUCUGACCUCGUUGAACCCUGCGCUUUCCCACCGGAACUCGGUGGUCAUGGAACCUGUACCACGGACGAACUCGGGCCUGUUCGCGGAAUCAUUACAGAUCUGUGCAACUUCUUCAAUGCUUCUCUAUACUCAGCUUACGAGGACUGCCCACAGCCGCUGAGCAAGGAUCUAACCCAUUCAAUCAUUGAGUGCGAAGAGACGGUAAUCACCUAUUGAGAACAUGUGGCGAUAGGAUAAGCAAUGUUCUUCAUUGUCUAGCUAAAGCCUAUUUGAUAACCACACAAUGGUUGUAACA